AUGGCUAUUUCCUCCAAGAAUUACUGCACAUUUCCUAGGUUUUGCGGUAUAACACUUGUUAUAUACCAAGACCUGCGUCAGAUACGCUAUACACAGGAUAUUUUAAGGUUCAAUUUCAAUGAUGGGUGCAAACUGGCUUACAACGGUUCCAUGGGCUACUACCCAAAGAGCGAUGGCACUUGCGACCCUCCUGCAUUUGGGGGAGCCGAAAACCACACGGGAGAAGAUCAACGCGGACGCGAGAAGUUUCCAAUGGCGCUCUCUCUGCCAAAGAACCGUAGCACGGGGAAUUUGGCAGCCGCUCGAAACUCAUCGACCCAGGAUAGAAGCAGAGCACGAAUGUCUCUGGAUGCAUCCGCAGCAGCGGCAGCAGCCGCUGACCUUGAAGCUAUCGCCAGGUCUCCCAUCUUGACCGAUCACGAGCACGGCCUAGGCCUCUCUGGGCUUCGACGAAUUAGACAACAACGCCCGCCAUCGAGAAACCCAACACUACCAGGAUCUCGAGCGUCUUCACGAAGCCCAUCUGUUGCCGCACUUACUCGGUCCACCUCAAUGAGUGCCAUGGCCGCCAGCGUAGGCAGCUUAUCACUGACAGGUGGCCCUGCGACUCCAAGUUUCGCCGACGACCUCUCCCGCUUUCCGUCUGAAUCUCUUCAUUCUUUCUCAUUCGCCAAUCAAUCAGAAGACUUCCUACACAACAGACAAAAUGUGCUCAAGCGAUCCAUUGAGUUCAUGAAAGACCACAUGGGACUUCCCAUGAGCUCGUCGCAGGCUGCUCUUGCAAGUGCUCAGGCAAGGGCACAACUCAUCAGGGCCGGAAACUUGCCAAACCCCGACGAGUCCUAUACACCAGCACCUUUGACCGGCCCUGCCGAGGUUUCCCAGGAAAACGUCUUUGACAAAAACUUCAAUCCCCGAACAUCCAGUACAGAUUUAACAAGCCCUCACCAGACUUCGCCACCUCCCCGAAGGUCAAGAGUUGAAACUACAAGAAGAUCUAACAAUCUUGAACCGGUGGCCCAUGAAACCAGCCGGGAAUCGGAUCAACCACCAACAGCAACAAAUGAGAGCGAAAGCGCUGGCCGGAAGUCGGCACCCGUCCGACCGAAGCUGACAUUGAAACGAACCAUGACGGAUAUCACAGCUGUUUCAGCUCAAGACAAGUUGAUAGACACAGUGUCCCAGCCAUUCUUGACAGGGCAGCCCAUCUAUCAAGAACCGCUGAGCUCUGCGUCUUUGACGCAACUUCCCAGUGCCACAACAGCCAAUUUCCCCACUCAGUUAGGCCCCUCUGUGCAUGGUCACACGAACCGCUGGGUGCCCGCUGCCCAGGCGAUUUUCACAACAGAAGUUAAGCCUCCAUGGACCAUCAUUGCAGCCAACGAUCUCGCCUGUUUAGUGUUUGGCGUGACCAAGGCAGAGGUACGCAAGAUGGGCAUCUUGGAGGUCGUCCAGGAGGAAAGAAGAUCAUGGUUGGAGCGAAAACUUUUGAACCAGCCGGAUGAGUACAGCGAGGGCCAGACACCUUCUGGCCAAGUUACGCCUGCCGCUUCGGCAGCUUCGGCAUUGCUCAAUGGCAGAUCUGGGAUAACAGCCCAGCUCCUAAGUAAGCCUAACUCAAGAACCCAGCCACGCAGCUACACGCAGAGGCGUGCACAAACGGUUCACAGUGGUGACCCCAACCCCCCAAAAGUUGGAGGUGGCGGCCACGGCCAUAACCAAACUAAUUCAUCCAGAGGCGUACUUCUGUGCGGCGAUGUUGUUCCAAUUCAAAAGCGCAACGGUGCAACUGGCUCUGCGAGUCUCUGGGUGAAGGAAAAAAAGGUCGGCCUGAUCUGGGUCCUGGAAGAAAUUCACGAGGAUGUUGCUCAUAUCACAUUGGAUGAAGAGGGGAUUGUCCAAAAAGUAUCGGGAUCCACUGCUCCUAUUUGGGGAUUCGAGUCAAUUUCCCCUGGCUUUGACAUAGCGAGACUGAUUCCACGGAUACCUCGGCAAGGUAUAGACCCCAACACUGGGGAGAUUGAUUUUGCUCAAGCCACGAGACGAAGAUAUUUUACAUGUCCUCACUCGCCUCACGUCAACAUUCCCUGUACUAUCGAGCAAACCCGCGGCAAGCUCGAGCUUCGAGUGUCAACGUUUCCUCACAUGGCUGGAAUCAUUGUGGUCGAGCCUGAGACUCUCAAAGUUCGAAGCUCGAACUCUGCCUUUUGCGGUGCACUCUUCGGAUUCGAAAGGGCGGAUGGAAUGUCGAUCAAUGCCCUGAUCCCAGAAUUUGACAACAUUCUCGAAUCGUUGAUAGAAGAGGACGGUAUCCAGCUCCUCGAUGGUAUGGUAGUCCCUGAGCACCGUUUCAGAAAGGCAUCGGCGUUCCUUGCUUUGAAAGAAAACAGACCCGAUGCUGCGUCAGCUUUCCUCCACCCGGCAGGAUUAAGUGCGAAGCACCGUGACGGGUCCGAUCUGAAAGUUGACGUUCAGAUGCGCGUAGUCAAGAGUGAAAAGAAGACCCUUGUGGUGAACGAGACUGUCGCUGAAGGUAGUGACGAGGACAAUGCCACUGGGAGUGAUGAUGCAACAUUCGAAGUGACCCAUUCCGAAAUAGUGUAUGCGUUGUGGGUUACAUACUCACGACAUCUUCAUGGCGCCCAGCCUCAUCUCGCUAUCGAAACUCCUACUCGGUCUGGUGCCCUCACACCCCUCCACCAACCGUCGCCAGGACAGACUCCGGCUCAUACGCCUUUGGAGAUUCCUUCAGAUGAUGAGACGCCCCGAAAGAAUGUGUUGAAUGCUGCAAGCUCACUCUCCAAACAUUUGAAAGAUGCUGCCAUUCAUGCUGCCGCUAAGAUCACAGGGCAGCAAGCAAAGCCCAAGUCUGAAGAAGUGCCACCAGUUCCAAAGGUCGUUGAGCCCCCACAUAAGAAAACGAUCAACGACUACACGAUACUUGAGGAAAUGGGCCAAGGUGCGUACGGUCAAGUGAAACUAGCUCGGCAUAAGGAGUCGGGCAAGAAGAUUGUGCUCAAGUACGUCACUAAACGCCGUAUCCUCGUGGACACUUGGACCAGGGACAGGAAGUUGGGCACCGUUCCCCUGGAAGUUCAUGUUCUUGAGUAUCUUCGCAGGCCCGAGUUACGGCACCCCAACAUCGUUGAAAUGCAGGGUUUCUUUGAAGAUGACGUUAACUACUACAUCGAAAUGGUUCCCCAUGGACUACCUGGUAUGGACCUGUUCGAUUACAUCGAAUUAAGGACAAACAUGGAUGAGGGCGAGUGUCGCAGCAUCUUUGUCCAAGUCGCAAAUGCUAUCCACCACCUGCACACCAAAGCAAAGGUGGUGCAUCGCGAUAUCAAGGAUGAGAACGUGAUCCUCGAUGGGGAAGGCAACAUCAAGCUUAUUGAUUUCGGAAGUGCGGCAUAUAUCAAAAGCGGUCCUUUUGAUGUUUUCGUUGGGACAAUCGAUUAUGCCGCCCCUGAAGUUCUCGCUGGCAAGCCUUAUCGGGGCAUGGAGCAAGAUGUGUGGGCUUUGGGUAUCCUUCUCUACACGAUCAUCUACAAGGAGAACCCUUUCUACAGCAUCGACGAAAUCAUGGAUCGUGACCUGCGAAUACCCUAUGUCCUUAGCGAAGAGAGCAUCGACCUCAUCCGCUGCAUGCUAGAUCGAGAUGUUGCCAAACGCUACGACAUUAACCAGGUGCUAGAGCACCCUUGGUGUCAAGCUGUGAAUGACGAAUGA